UGAUGACAACAUCAUGAUAUCCAUUUGGUUAAAAUUGAUAAAAACUCCACUAUAUUCCAUACUUUAUACUCCAUUGGAAAAUAAUUCGCUCAUAAGACUGUAAUCAUAUUCUCUCGCACAGGCGGCGCAGCUGACAGUUGGAGGAUAAUCCCUACCUUGCCGUUAUCGUAAUCCCUCGAGGUCCUAUACAAGCUGCAGACUGCAGAGCAAUCCGGCGCUCCCAUGCGUCUGGAAGCCAAGGAUGCAUCCCUGCUGCUCAUCAGCCUCACCGUCGCCGCAUCCUGCAUCCUCCUCGGCCUGUACCUCCGCGCCCAACCUGAUCCUGAGCCAUCCAAGAACGCACUCGAUGAAGAAUCCAUCGACUUCAUCCUGCUGGGCGCAACAGGUGAUCUCUCCCUGCGCUACGUGCUCCCCGCGCUGCACCACUUCCUCCCCACCUUCCCUGCCCCCUUCACGCUGUACCUGGCCAGUCGCCAGGAGCCUCACGAGCUGCAUGAUCACCUGCACGUGAAACUGCAGAAGGGGAAGGAGCUGCUGGAAAAAGCCGUGGUGCUGCGUCUGAAGGAUGACGACGAUUACGCCCGCUUCUGCGCCAGUCCGGAUAAGGGCACCCGCCGCAUCUUCUACCUGUCCAUUCCCCCCGCGGCCUACGCCGAGACGGUGCGGCUAAUUGCGCGCCACUGCGGGGCGGGCGUGCGGAUCGUGCUGGAGAAGCCGUUCGGGCUGGAUCACGCCACGGCGCUGCAGCUCUUCUCUGUUCUGCACAUGUUCGUCCAGCGCGAUGCCUUCUACCUGGUCGAUCACUACAAAGCCAAAGAAGCCGUGCUGGCCAUCCCGCAUUUCUUCCACCUUAACCCGCAUCUACGCCCCCUCCUCCAACCACCCCACCUGCAGCGCCUCGACGUGGUGAUGAACGAGACGGAGGACGUCGCACAGCGUCUGGCCUUCUUCGAGGAGGUGGGCGUCAUCCGCGACGUGGUGCAGAACCAUCUCAUGGAGAUCCUCACCGACCUCCUCAUCGAAUCCGGCCGCUUCCCCUCCAAACCCGCCAUCCUCUCCCAGCUGGCGGUGACCCGCCUGCACACGGAGCAGUACAGCACCUACAUCCAGGAAGCGGCCGCCCACCACCGCCGCCCGGACUACCGCUCCCCCACCGCCACCUUCAUCCAGGCGGAGAUGACCCUGGCCCCCUGGGACGGCGUCCGCAUCGUGGUCAGUGCCGGGAAGAAACUCGCCCGCAAAAUCUCCAUGGCACGGAUUAUUCUGGACGUCGGGGAGGUGCUGUUUGUCACCGCCGGCGCGUUGGAGGGCGUGAAUUACCCGGCGGUGAUGUACCGCGGGGAAUUGGGAACGGUGCUGUGUCCGCUGGGAGAGGCGGGACGGGUGCGGGUGCGGCUGGAGGAGGAGACGGACUACUGGGUGUGUCCGCUGGGAAGCGGGUUCCGCAACGCCUACGAAGCGGUGAUUCGGGAUGUCUGCGGCCGGCAGUGGAGCGCGGCGGUGCAGUUUGAGUUUAUCCUCCACUCCUGGCGUCUCUGGGAUCCCUGGACCGGUGCACAAACGCCUUCCGGUGGUUAAGUCAUGGCUUAUCUGUUUUUAGAAAUUUAGAGCAUAUAUUUUUACAUUUAAUAGAUUUUUUAUUGCCUUUCAGAUCAUAUUUUUUAUAUAUUGAUUUUUAUUUUAUUUUAAAUGGUUUUAUUGGUGUCAGCACAAUGCUGUGAUUUUGAUCGGCUGCUUGAUGGCGUUUUUGUGAAGCCGUCUUGAAAAUGGGAGGAAAUUGAGCAUUUUGAUUGUUGAAUGAGCGGCGCAGCGCGAGCUGCAUGGGUGCCAUUUGGCCCGCUAACAGCCGGGCGGAAAACGCUGAAUGGGCGUCUUAAUGUCCGCCGAAGUCGGCCAAUGCCGGCCGAUCGAUCAUUUUUCCGCAAUUAAAUGCAAUU